AUGGCCCGGGGGAUGGGAGGGACAUGGUCGGGCGGCCGGGCAGUCAGCGUGCUGCUGGGCCUGGACCACGGAGGCCUCUUUAGCCGGCUGCCCAGGCCGCUGCGGACACGGAGAGCACAGAUGAGCAGAGAAGCCUUCUCAUCAAGGCCUCAGCGACUGGCCGCCCAGGGCCACCUGGACCUCACGGAGCUCAUCGGUGUCCCGCUGCCGUCAUCCGUGUCCUUUGUCACCGGCUACGGUGGCUUCCCAGCCUACAGCUUUGGGCCUGGUGCCAACGUCGGGCGUCCGGCCAGGACCCUCAUCCCAUCCACCUUCUUCAGGGACUUCGCCAUCAGCGUGAGGGUGAAGCCCAGCAGCCCCCGAGGCGGUGUGCUCUUUGCCAUCACGGACGCCUUCCAGAAGGUCAUCUAUCUGGGCCUGCGGCUCUCGGGCGUGGAGGACGGCCGCCAGCGGGUCAUCCUCUACUACACGGAGCCCGGCUCCCAGGUGUCCCGCGAGGCCGCCGCCUUCCUGGUGCCCGUGAUGACCCACAGGUGGAGCUACUUUGCUGUGGUCGUCCAGGGCGAGGAAGUGACCCUGCUCGUGGACUGUGAGGAGCACGACCGCGUCCCCUUUCCGAGGUCCUCCCAAGCCUUGAAGUUCGAGCCCAGCGCGGGCAUCUUUGUGGGCAACGCAGGAGCUACGGGGCUGGAAAGAUUCACUGGCUCCCUGCAGCAGCUCAUCAUCCACCCUGACCCCAGGACUCCCGAGGAGAUGUGCGAAGCCGAAGAGUCCUCGGCAUCUGGAGAGACCAGCGGGCUCCAGGAGACAGAUGGAGUAGCUGAGAUCUUGGAAGCGGUCACCUACACUCAAGCCCCAUCUCAAGAAGCAAAAGUUGAACCCAUACACACACCUCCAACUCCAUCCCCUGCCUCUGAGGAUGCAGAGCUUUCCGGUGAGCCUGUACCUGAAGGGACCACGGAAACCAGCGACUUGAGUGCUGCCCCGCACAGCAGCCCUGAGCAAGGGUCCGGUGAGAUCCUGAAUGGCACAGUGGAGACCGUUGAGACUGUGGACGGUUCCCCGGCUACAGACACUGGCUCAGGGGAUGGGGCCUUCCUGCAUGUCACUGAAGAGGUGAAUUUGGCAGCCACAGCGGCGGGGGAGGCCAAGGUGCCCGCCAGCCCUGCUGGGGAAGCAGACGCCAGCAGCGUGCCCGCCGGGGGACUGACGCUCUCCAUGUCUGCCGAGGACCCCGGGGAGGGCGUCACUCCGGGUCCAGAAAACGAAGAAGGUUCGGCAGCAACAGCAGCCGGGGAGGCCGAGGAGCCUGUCAGCAUUUCCAGGGGAGCAGAAGCCGGCAGCGUGCCCACCGGGGGACUCACCCUCCUUAUGCCCACCCAGGACCCUGGAGAAGCGGUCACUCUGAGUCCAAUCAGUGAAGAAGGCUCUUCAACAACAGCAGCUGUGCCGCUCGGCACUUUUGAGGAAGAAGAGGCCAGCGGGGUCCCCACCGAUGACCUGGCUUUCGUCACACCCACGGCGGCCCCCGAGCGAGGGGUCACUUCUGGUCCUGGUGACGAAGACGCCGCAGCAGCCGCGACAGAGGAGCCCCUUACGGCGGCCGCGGCAGACGUGCUGGGCAGCGCCCCCCCGGAGGGGCCCCCGCUCCCCUCACCCUCGGUGGCGCCUGCAGGAGGGGCCCCUCCGGGUGAAGCUGAGGAGGGGUUUCCUGGCCCCCCUGGACCUGCCGGGCCUCCUGAACCCACGGCUGAGGGCUCCAGCCUGGGCUGGGGCCUGGAUGUCGGCUCCGGCUCUGGUGACCUGGUGCACACUGAGGAGCUGCUGAGAGGCCCUGAGGGAAAGCCUGGACUUGAUGGAGCCUCUGGUCUUCCUGGCAUGAAAGGGGAGAAGGGAGCUAGAGGACCUAAUGGCUCAGUUGGUGAAAAGGGUGAUCCCGGCAACAGAGGCUUACCAGGACCCCCAGGGAAAAAUGGACAAGUUGGCGCUCCUGGGGUCAUGGGACCCCCAGGGCCUCCUGGACCCCCUGGGCCCCCAGGCCCUGGAUGUACAACAGGACUUGGAUUUGAGGAUACCGAGGGCUCAGGCAGCGUCAGGCACUUACAUGAGUCCCUCUCUGGGCCGACGGCUUCAAGUGGUCCCAAAGGAGAAAAAGGAGACCGGGGACCUAAGGGUGACAGAGGGAUGGACGGAGCCAGCAUUGUGGGCCCCCCCGGGCCCAGGGGGCCGCCGGGGCGACUCGAGGUCCUGUCUAGUUCUUUGACCAACAUCACCCAAGGAUUCGUGAAUCUCUCGGCCAUUCCUGAGCUCGUUGGGCCUCCGGGCCCCGAGGGCAUGCCUGGGCUGCCAGGAUUCCCGGGCCCAAGAGGUCCAAAAGGUGACACUGGCGUCCCUGGAUUUCCAGGACUAAAAGGAGAACAGGGCGAGAAGGGAGAGCCGGGUGCCAUCCUGACGGGGGAUGUUCCUCUGGAAAGGCUGAGGGGCCAAAAGGGUGAACCUGGAGAGCACGGAGCCCCGGGACCAAUGGGACCCAAAGGACCGCCAGGACACAGAGGAGAAUUCGGCCUCCCUGGGCGACCUGGUCGCCCAGGACUGAAUGGCCUCAAAGGCGCCAAAGGAGAUCGAGGGGUCAUGAUCCCGGGUCCACCUGGCAUUCCUGGUCCUCCAGGCCCCCCAGGACCACCGGGAGCUGUGAUUAACAUCAAAGGAGCUGUCUUCCCGAUUCCAGUCCGGCCACACUGCAAAACGCCUGUUGGUACCACUUAUUCUGGGAAUUCAGAACUCAUCACUUUUCAUGGUGUUAAAGGAGAAAAAGGAUCCUGGGGCCUUCCUGGCUCAAAAGGAGAAAAAGGCGACCCGGGGCCCCAGGGACCACCAGGCCCUCCUGUGGAUCCAGCUUACCUGAGGCACUUUCUGAGCAGCUGGAAGGGGGAAAACGGCGACAGGGGAAUCAAAGGAGAAAAAGGAGACUCCAACAGUGGCUUCCCUGGCUUCCCUGUGUCAGGGCCUCCGGGCCUGCCAGGCAGCCCAGGUGUGCUGGGCCAGAAAGGGGAAGCCGUUGUCGGGCCCCAGGGACCCCCAGGUGCUCCUGGCCUGCCUGGGCCACCCGGCUUUGGGAGACCUGGUUCCCCUGGGCCACCAGGACCCCCGGGACCACCAGGCCCUCCAGCUAUCCUGGGAGCAGCUGUGGCCCUUCCAGGCCCACCUGGCCCUCCAGGACAACCAGGGCUUCCCGGAUCCAGAAACCUGGUUACAACGUUUAGCAAUAUGGAUGACAUGUUACAGAAAGCACAUUUGGUCAUAGAAGGGACUUUCAUCUACCUGAAGGACAGCACCGACUUUUUCAUUCGGGUCAGAGAUGGUUGGAAAAAAUUACAGCUGGGAGAACUGAUUCCCAUUCCGGACGACAGCCCUCCUCCCCCUGCGCUUUCCAGCAAUCCUCAUCAGCCUCAUCUUUCGCUGACAUCUAUUUCAAAUGUCAAUUACGGCAGACCUGCACUACACUUGGUUGCUCUGAACACGCCGUUUUCUGGGGACAUUCGAGCUGAUUUCCAGUGCUUCCAGCAGGCCAGGGCUGCAGGACUGUUGUCUACCUACCGAGCAUUCUUAUCCUCCCAUUUGCAAGAUCUCUCCACAGUUGUAAGGAAAGCAGAGAGAUAUAGCCUUCCAAUAGUGAACCUCAAGGGCCAAGUACUUUUUAAUAAUUGGGACUCAAUUUUUUCUGGCCACGGAGGUCAGUUCAAUACACACGUUCCAAUAUAUUCCUUUGAUGGCCGAGAUGUAAUGACAGAUCCUUCCUGGCCCCAGAAGGUCGUCUGGCACGGCUCCAGCACCCACGGAGUCCGUCUUGUGGACCAGUACUGUGAAGCGUGGAGAACCGCCGACAUGGCAGUCAUGGGCCUGGCCUCCCCGCUGAACACGGGGAAGAUUCUGGACCAGAAAGCAUACAGCUGUGCUAACCGGCUAAUUGUGCUGUGUAUCGAAAACAGUUUCAUGACAGAUGCGAGGAAGUAACAACCCUCCCAUGCUUCUUAAGAGUUUUCCAAUUUUUUUAUGUGAAGAGUUGACACUGAAAUCUAAAAUGUUUAAGCGUUGUAAAUAUUAGUUUUUUAUUACACAUUCGUCACAACAGCAACCAAAGAAAACAUACCUCAAUACACUCAAAACUGAAGACAUAAAGGACUCAGAUCAAAGACAAAAUCUGAUCCAUCUAUUGGUGCUAGAUUCUGCAGGAAACCCCAUGCAGUGUAAACACAUCCCAACAUGGUUAAGAGCAAGUU